AUGUUCACUACCGCCUUAACGCGGAGGUUUAGGGGAUUAAACAGGGGUUUCGUUUAUGAGAAAUUGGUCGUCGUGCGACAAAGGGGAAAUGUCGACGAAUAUAUACAGGAGUUCCAAUUCCUGGUGGCACAAGCAGCUGGAGUAAAUGAGGAACAAUUAUUGGGAUAUUUUUUUGCUCGGUUGCAGGAAGGAUUGAGAAAUCUAGUGAGGCCGCACGAUCCACGCGAUCUAUUGACAACGAUGGAGCUAGCUCACGAUGUCGAGCAGGCAGGAUCUGUAUCGCGAGGUAAUAACGGAACGGGAGGAAAAGGAGGGGCGACUUGGGGAAGAUAUGCCCAGAGUUCAGGUACUGUCGCGAGGACAGAAACCUAUCGCGGGUCGACGGAGGGGUUGGUGAACGCCGGUGGCGGAUCGGAAAUGAAGAAAAAAGGCGUUUCUAGCAAUUUAGUCUCCCGAGCAGGCAGUAGCAGAGGAGGGAAUACUCAAGGAAAAGGAGUAAGGACCUUGCCUUAUCCCGAAUACAUUAAGAGGCGCGAAGAAGGACAUUGCUUCCACUACGGCGGACCUUAUAGUCCUGGUCAUAGUUGUGCGGAGAGAAGCAUGCGUGUCAUGAUAUUGGCAGAGGAGGAUGGAGAAGACGAAACAGAGGAGAACGCCGAGAUGGAACAAACGGCGAUGGAACUAUCGGGGUUGUCUGCCGGAGGACUUACGCAAUCUAAUACAAUGAAGCUGCAAGGCUGGAUGCAGAGGAGGAGAAUUCUAGUCUUAAUUGAGUGCAGAGCUAGUCAUAUUUUUAUAUCCACCAGAUUGGUGAAAGAAUUGGGUUUGGAAAGCACCGACACACGUCCUUAUAAAGUGUGUUUGGGAGAUGGGCAAAAGAAAGUGACUAGUGGGUAUUGUACAAGAGUCCUCGUGAAAUUAGAUGGUUUGGAAGUCAAAAAUAAAUUGUAUCUCUUUGAGUUACGCGGUGUGGAUGUAAUAUUAUGGGUGACUUGGUUAGCUUCCCUAGGAGAGAUUAAAGUGGAUUGGGGACAACUCAUUAUGAAGGUGGAGCGGGAAGGGAACGAAGUGGAGAUAAAAGGAGAUCCCACUUUAACACGUAGAAUGGUGAUACCCAAAGUUCUCUUAAAAGAAAAAGAGAUAGAAGCCAUGACUCUCCUGUGGAGCUUAAGUCAAGCAGAAGCGGUGGAGGCAGAUGGGGAAGCCGAGAGAUGGGCACCAACGCAAGAGGCAGGGCUGAAACAGAUUAUGUCAAACUUUGAUGGAGUGUUUCGAGAACCUCAAGGGCUGCCACCUGAGAGGAAAGUAGACCACCGAAUACCUUUGAAGGAAGGUACCGAACCCAUAAGUGUCAGGCCAUAUCGCUACCCGCAUCUUAUGAAAACAAAGAUAGAGAGACAAGUUGAGGAAAUGCUGAAUCUGGGCAUUAUUCGCCCUAGCAAUAGCCCAUACUCAAGUCUAGUAAUAUUAGUGAAAAAGAAGGAUAGGAGCUGGAGAUUUUGUAUGGAUUACAUAACACUUAAUAGGGUCACUAUGGCGGAUAAAUAUCCAAUACCUGUUAUAGAAGAAUUGUUGGAUGAGUUACAAGGGGCAACGUAUUUUUCUAAGAUUGAUUUAAAGCUUGGAUAUCAUUAA